CUCCUAGAUUAGACAGUGCCUACUAGUCCUCAGAGUAUCCAAUGCCAGGCACAUCAUCCGAUCUCUCCGUUUUUUUCUUACCUCUGGAUUCGCCAACCCUAAAACUCUCCAAACACAACUCAUAGGGGUAACCUGUCUGACACACGCAACGGAAAAGGACAUUGGCUUAAAAUCAAAUAUUGUCCAGCUUCACACAGGGAUGGAGGCCACAUCAGAGUCCUCUGGAUGGAGCUCCCCAACUCUGCUGUCGUCUGAGCCCAGGUCCAGCUUCUCCACAGGAACCAGCUCAGCCUGUCCACAGCUCCAGGCCCAGUCUGAGAGCGAGACCCAGACCCUGUACCACACAGUCCAGUCUGAGCUGGCCAGCCUGCCCUCCUCACUCUCAAGCCACAGUCGGCCCACGCUGACGUUCACACAUAGUCCAGCUCACCAAGUCUACUCCUCCCUAAACGGUAACAGUGUCCCGUGGUUGGAAGGUUCUGGCAGCCCAUCACUGGGUGCUUCUUUUACUUCACCCCUUUCCGCCUGGCACACCAACCCUUUCUCCAAGACCUCCAUAAACCCCCUCACCUCAGCCUCCUUUCCCCCAAAAAACAUCUCCUUGGCCAACUCCAGGAAUGAGCUCUCUUCCCCGGGAUUUGAUUGCCAAGAAAGUCCCAGGCUUCAGGAGGCCUUGCAAGAAGACAGUCCGACCGAGGAACAUGGAGGAAGUUUCUUUAAUCUCAACCCAGCUGGAGUUGAUGGUUACAGCCACCCUGCAGCCCACUCCUACCCCCACCCUCUGGAUUACUAUGGCUCCUACAGCUCCUAUUCCUCCACCUUUGGGCAGGACUACACCUCAGCAGCCCUCUACACUCCCCCUGGGGGGCUGGGCUACCCCCUGUAUUCUACACACCUGCAUAACAAGAUCAACCUUUCUCCGCCAGAUGACCGUGAGUGUGUUAACUGUGGGGCCACUGCCACCCCUCUGUGGCGUCGGGAUGGUACAGGCCACUACCUCUGCAACGCCUGUGGACUGUACCACAAGACCAAUGGGCAGAACCGACCUCUGAUUCGACCCAAGAAGAGAGCAAUGGUGAGCAAGCGAGAGGGCACCCACUGUGCCAACUGCCAGACCAGCAUCACCACCUUAUGGAGACGCAAUGCUAGCGGAGAGCCUGUGUGCAACGCCUGUGGACUUUACUACAAACUACAUCAUGUGAACCGCCCACUCACCAUGAAGAAGGAGGGCAUUCAGACCAGGAACAGGAAGGUGUCCAGUAAAAACAGGAAGUCCAAAAAGAGUGGAGGAGUGUCAGAGACGGAGGAGGCCACCAACCAAUAUCUGAUGGCCCCCGGACCCCUGCUCUCUUAUGGUCACUCCGCUUCCUCCCACAUCCUCCCAUCUUUCUCUCCAUCAUCUCUCUCUCCAUCUCCUCUACACUCCUCCUCUGCCAGACUGUACUCCUCCUACCAAACAUCCUCAGGGAUGGUGCCUACCCUUGUGUAACGGAAAGAAAAUACUUAAUUUUUUUAUGAUUACUUAGUGUGUUUGUUGAUUGCUUUGGUUGUUUGGUGCCUUGGGUGGUUAAGCUAACGUCAUUAGAUGGUUUCCAUGAGGUAAAAUGCACCAAAAGGGAUAAUUGUCACCUUUUUAUGUUUCUCAUUGGUAUUUUGUAUAAAACUUUGUAGCAUUUUUGAUUAUGAGGAAAUAAUGUUUUGUCAAGAGCUUCAGGGAUGAAGAGGAAACUGGAUAUAGUGUGUGAUAUUCAACAGAAUGAUAGCAUCAUAAGCAUUGUCAGAUUCUAAUUAAAAUAAUGAAAUAUUUCAUAAAUGUACAAAAUUGUACUCAUGUUUUUAGUUUUUAUAAUGCUUCACCAUUUCUUUUGGGUUUCUGUGGUUGGCGGGCCGGUCCCCUAAGUCAGAGUUAUAAGUUAUGAUCAAGCCUUUAUCUAUACAGCCUUCACAGCUCACUGAAAUUCUGCUGAAAUAGUAUGCAAAUGAUUAACUUUCCAUGGUGUGGAGUACAAAAGUGAAAUGUGGGUGACAUUGAUACUUCAUUGAUGUAUCUUCCUAUUAAUGUUUUUUUGUUAUCAACCUUUCUGAUCCGAUGUGUCUAUUGAAACCAGCCAUUAACACUCAGUGAACAAUGUCCUUGUUUUAACUGAACUUAAACUGUCAGGGAAUGUUUCCUAAACUGUUGCAAUUGAUUGCUCUUUUGGAAACGGGACUCCUGCUUUAAGGCUCCAAGGUGAAAAUGUACAAAUAAAAAGCCCUUUGGUUUCCUUCUUAA